AGCUGCUGUGUGUGUGCGGUCGGUCGGUGGGCGGCGGCAAACACAACCGGGAGGCUGAAUCUUUUGCGGAAGUCGCAGAAACUAGAGUCAUAUGACCAGGCUGCCGGAGAAAAUGCUACCUAGAUAUGGAUAAAAUUCAACCGUCACGGUGACUAACAUCCACAACGACACGAUGGAGGAGAUUAAAGUGUCUCCUGACUACAACUGGUUCAGAAGCACAGUGCCGCUGAAGAGAAUUAUCGUUGACGAUGACGACAGCAAAGUGUGGUCGCUCUAUGACGCAGGGCCAAAGAGCAUCCGGUGUCCCAUCAUCCUUCUGCCUCCUGUCAGCGGGACAGCAGAGGUGUUCUUCCAGCAGGUGCUGGCUCUGACUGGCUGGGGCUACAGAGUCAUCUCACUGCAGUAUCCGGUUUACUGGGACCUGAUGGAGUUCUGUGAUGGCUUCAGGAAGCUUCUUGAUCACCUGCAGUUGGAUAAAGUUCAUCUUUUUGGCGCGUCACUGGGUGGAUUCUUAGCCCAGAAGUUUGCAGAAUACACACACAAGUCCCCCAGGGUGCACUCACUGGUGUUGUGUAAUUCAUUCAGUGAUACCUCCAUCUUUAACCAGACGUGGACAGCAAACAGUUUUUGGUUGAUGCCGGCUUUCAUGUUGAAGAAGAUUGUCCUGGGGAACUUUGCUAAAGGACCUGUGGACCCUAAAAUGGCUGAUGCAAUAGACUUUAUGGUUGAUAGGCUGGAGACGCUAAACCAAAGCGAGCUAGCAUCCCGGCUAACACUCAACUGUCAGAACUCUUAUGUGGAGCCCCAUAAAAUAAAGGAUGUUGCUGUGACCAUUAUAGACGUUUUUGAUCAGAGUGCACUCUCGCUGGAGGCGAAGGAGGAGAUGUAUAAACUUUAUCCUAAUGCCAGAAGAGCUCAUUUGAAGACAGGUGGAAACUUUCCUUACCUGUGCAGGAGUGCUGAAGUCAACCUCUACAUACAAAUUCAUUUGCGCCAGUUCCACGGGACACGCUACGCCGCCAUCAACCCCGCCAUGGUGAGCGCCGAGGAGCUAGAGGUCCAGGAGAGCCACCUGAGCAAAAACCAAGACUCUGAUGAUGAGCAGUGAGACGGAGGCCCUCCCUCUCCCUCUCUUUUUGACUCUUUGAAACAUUUCACACACUUCUUCCCACUCAUCUACUGAGGCUGAAGGAUGUUCUCCAGAUCACCACUGUGGCAGUUUUUUUACUAUGGAGCUCAAUAUUCAAUCAGCUAGUCAAAAUGAGUAUAUUUUUAUUUUCCAGAUGAAGCAAUAUUUUGAUAAUUACUUGUACAUAAAUGGAACUCGGCCGCUUUUGCUUUAGAAAAAACAAACAACGUAUGACACUUUGCCUUAUGUGGAAUGAAUUUGAUAAUUGUUGCACUCAUAAAUUGCCUGAAAUGUUUUGCCUCAAGUGUUCAUUUGUAUGUGUAAUAUAUAUAAAUAUAGUGGUUAACACUACCAGCAGUGAACUGGUUUACUGUUAACAUAAAUCAACAAAUUAACACACUGGUUAUGAAAACAUGUACCUGAAAUGUUUUGUGUAAUUAAAUGAGAUUAAGUUAAUUUUUUUUCCCAUUUGUUUUAGAAUACAGUUAACUUUUUGGAUUUCUCAUGUCGUGAUGUUUUUUUUGUUUGUUUUUUGUUUUUUUUACAUGAGCAGUGAGUAGUGUUUAAUAGCUUUCAGCCAGCCUGUGAACUGAGUAGGCAGCAGCUCCAUAAGUGAGUGAAUCUGUUUAAACAACUACACACAAACACUGUUUUGGGGUUGGAAAAACAGAAAUUUAUGCUGAACUUUAAAGAUGGUCACAGCCUUUAAAAGGUGGAUGUCUGUCCUAAUGUUGCUCGGCUCUACAGACGUGUGACACCACCACACUGGGGGUUGAGCUGUCAAUCAAAAUGCCCCUGCAGCUGUAUCAUUUGCUCCAUUGCUACUCUGCUGGUGCAUUUUUUUGUUUUGUUUGUUUUUUUAAGUAAAAAAAGAGA